AAAGUAUCGUGUGCGGCGGACGUCCUUGUCGUGCGUGCGUCGUUUGCUCGCGCUGACGGUGUUUUUUUUGUGUUGGGUUCAGGGAACACAUCCACAUCGCAGCGGGCAACAUGGAAACAUAACCACCAGCUAGACGGAAUAACAAGAAGGCCCAACUAGAAGAAGAAUAGAAGAACACUGUAUUUUGCAAUCGCACAAUUGGAAUUUCGAAUCGAUUUAUAGAGUGUUGUGUGUGCUUUUGCGGUUCGUGGUGUGUUGCAUUUUCCGAAGAUGCCUGGUUUUUUCUUUUUGUUUAGUGAGAUUUUCUCGUAUUUUUUUUUAUCAUAUUCGGUGAAAGUGCUGUGCAACGAAAGGGAAUACGCAAAAACGAUUUUAUUGUAGAAAAUCGCGAGAGUCCCCGAAGGAGAAGGCCAUACAUAGAAACGAAAAGGAGAAGGAAAAGCGAAAACGAAAACGAAGCAAAGGCAGCGCAAUAAGGUUUUCACCUGCACACAGCGCCUUUAAAGAGCUGACGCUGAAUACUACACGCCACUUGGAGGCCAUGGAAGCGGGCUAUUUAUGGAUAGAAUAAGUAAAAGGAGUCCCAAUCAAUUUAAACAUCAGUUCAGCAUCUUGCGGUGGUUGCUACAGCGAGCUGGGCGAGAAGAGGGCACUCCAGAAGGGCUUCGCCGGCGAUAGGCGAUAGGCGAUACUGGGGUCCUCACUUUCAACGGAAGGAAAGGAGAAGCCAACCCGACCGAACCAUGAAACAUUCAAAUAUUUCCAUACACAAGGACAUGAUGGAAUUCGGAUAACUGAAACCGAGAGCAACGUAAUCAACUAGAAGUAGGCCACAUUUACCGCAUACUUCAUUUAGCGGUUAUCAAGCGCGUUUAAGAUCAUGAAGCGAACGGAUAUUUGCAGAACGCGUAAAUGAAAUCACACUACCGAACGAAGCAACUUUGAUAUAGAGCACCCAAACCGAACUGUUCCCAGCGGAUCAGUAAGAACCAGGACGAACAGCAGGACGAGAAGGAGGCGGACGAGGCCGACGGGCCAGAGACGGCAGCGAAUCCGCCGCCGCGCCACCGGGCACAGCGGUCAUGGAACCACCCGGCGGUGUGCCGCCGGACAGGGAUCGGCAGCUGGUGCUACGUAAUCAGUCGGCGGCUCUCGUGCCCGUGGUCGUAUCUGCACCACCAACGGCAACGGGUGCAAUCACGCCCACGCCCACCACGCAGCCACCGGCACAAGCCCAGUUGUCGCUGGUGCCCAGCAAGCCAACCAGUCUGAGUCUUCAGCCGCAUGUCGUGCUCCAGGCCAUGCAACAGCUGUCGCCGUCGGCGGGUGGUGGCAACAACAAUGCCAACAGCACAGUCGCCACCGCCGCCGCCACGAGCAGCAGCAGCGGGAAUGCGAAUAGCGGCAGCAGUCCUGCCCUAGCCUCCACCGCCACGGCCAUAUCGGCCACAACGCAGGCAGCCACUGCCUUCAGUGGCAGCUCGGUGGGUCACCACCACCUGCAGCACCAUCACCAGCAUACGCAUCCGCAUGCCCCACAGCAGUCCCAGUCCCAGUCACAGCCACAUUCACAUCCACAUCCACAGCACCAGCUCCAGCAACCGCAUCCGGCCAGUGCGUCGAGUACAGCGCCACACCAUCACGGCUCCAUAUCGGUCAGUGGGUCAGGCGGUGGACUGCUCGGCUCCAGCGGCGGCAGUGGCAACCAACAGCAGGCCAUCGAGAAGCUAUCGCGACCCAUGGCCUUCGAUAAGAUGGAAAUGCUGGUGCGGGAGAUGCAGGAUCAGGAACAUGGCGUGCCUGUGCGACAGCAGAAGAUGUUCCUGACGUCCAUACCAUAUGCGUUUAUGGGUUACGAUCUGAUUGAAUGGCUGAUGGAUCGCCUGCAAAUCGAGGAGUCGGAGGCCCUCAACAUUGCUAAUCAACUGUGUCUGCACGGCUACUUCUUUCCGGUCAACGACUCAAAGACGCUGACCGUGAAGGAUGACUCGUCGCUGUAUCGAUUCCAAACGCCCUACUAUUGGCCCUGGCAGCACAAGGCGCCGGAUAAUGUGGAGUACGCCAUCUAUUUGGCCAAACGAUCGCUGCGCAACAAGCAGCGCCAUGCACUGGAGGACUACGAGGCGGAGGCACUGGCCUCGCUGCACAAGAACCUGAAGGGCAAGUGGGACUUCAUCUCGAUGCAGGCCGAGGAGCAGGUGCGGCUGGCCAAGGAGCGCAAGAAAGGUGACAAGAUCGUGGGAGACUCGCAGGAACGAGCUUACUGGAGAGUUCACCGUCCACCACCUGGCCAGUUCACUCCAUUGGAGCCAUGUCCAGUGCCUUCGCGCGAUCGUCAGGGCCUCAAGCCCAAUAAAAAAAAGACUGUCGAUGACAUGCAGCGCGACGUUGACUACUUGGGCAAGUCGCUGAAUCGGACGCGAAUGAAGAUGUCGCAGGCCUGCGAGUCGCUCGUUUGCUACUCGGAGACAUUCUCCGAAUAUGAUUUCUUUCUGCAGCCGGCACUGCCCUCCAAUCCGUGGGUCACCGAGGAUAUUGCCUUCUGGCAGCUGAACAACACCUUUGUGGACAUUCCCACAGAGAAGCGCGUCAAGCGCUGGGCCAUCUCCAUCGAGGAGCUCGUCUCCGAUCCCACUGGCCUGCAGGAGUUCACCAGCUUUCUGGAGAAGGAGUACUCGCACGAGAACAUCCGCUUCUGGAUAGCAGUCAAUCGAUUGCGCCGUUCCGCCCACUCCCAAGUGGCACGAAAGGUCAACGAAAUCUACGAGGAGUUUUUGAAGCCCGGCGCACCUUGCGAGAUUAACAUUGAUGGCAAGACCAUGGAGAGCGUGCUCAAGGGCCUGAAAAAUCCAUCGCGGUUCACAUUUGACUCGGCAUCGGAGCACAUAUACAUGCUGCUGCUGAAGAAGGAUUGCUACCCGAGAUUCAUACGGUCGGAGCACUACAAACGCCUGCUGGACACCGGCAUUCAGCCGUCGUACAAGAAGCGGUUUUUCAACUUUGGCGGCGUGAGCGGUGCCAAGAAGAAAAUGACAGCCGCACUGAGUAGCCAGCCGAAUCUGGGGGAUGCGGCCAAGGGGCCCAGCGGCACAUCCGCCGGCAGCUCCAUGAUGCAGGCUCCACCGCCCGGUAAUCUUGCCCGUCGUCGUGGCAGCGAUCGCAGUCUCACCGGCUCUGCCCACGAGCUGGCCGUGAUUGGUGUGAACAAGGAUGCCGGCUCCAAGGUACCGCACUCUCAUUCCCAGAGUAAUCUCAGCGAAAUACCCUUCAGUAGCGAUUCAAUUUAUCGAGGCGAUAUGCCACAGCGCCACAUGGCGAUCAUGGAUAUUGGGAUAUAUGCGGCAUACGGGAAUCGCGAAAGUAGUUUGCAGGCACUUCCAGAAACGCCAAAGACGAAGACCACCGUCCUCGAUGCCACGGAGUCGACAACAUCGUCCACAGCACUGGUUGUGGCGGCCAGCAGUGCCGUCUGCCCGUGGGAUGAGCCAGCCGAACCAGUCCCGCCGCCGCCAGCGCAAGUAAAGCUAUCCGUGUGUCCCUGGGAACUCGAUAGUGGCACAGAGUCGCCGGCAGCGGCUCCAGCAGUUGGAGUAGGAGGAGCAUCGAAGAUCCUAAGUUCCACCGGGCAACCACUGCGAUUGAAUAGCACUUCCUCGGACAACAGCGAUGUGAAUGAUCGAAUGCAGCGCAAUUUGGGCAUUCGCCAUCAGAACACCGUGGACAGCGGCGAAGCAGGCAUAAAGCGUCUGAUUCCCAACAUUCCGGAGCAGCGUCGGGCCUCAGUCUCAUUUACUCCAAGCCCCACUCCGGAUUUCCAGCUAGGACGCACUCCAACGACAACCUCCUCACCCACUGUGGUGGCCAGCAGCUCCACGCCGCUGCAGGCACGCAGCGCUGUGUACGGCAGUGGGCAAGGCAUCGCCAAAGAUCCACCAUCUGGCUCGGAUGUCGAUGCGGAAUUGGAGGAGGAACUUAACAAAAUAUCCCUGGGCGAGUCCUCGACAUCGGAACCGCCGCUUCUAGUAGUACCCACCCCCGAACAGACCCCGCCGCCCAUAACCAAGAUCACGCCACCGCCGGGAGAAAGCGAGAAUCAGGCGGAGCAGGUGGUCCUUUCGACCGAGUUGCCGGAAAGCUCCUGCUCAACGCAAGCCAACCAGCUCAACGAUGCCCCGGCGACUGUGACCACGGUCAAGGAGGUCCAAAUCGAACUGAUCGAGCAGAGCAGUGGUGUCCAAACAGAGCCAGGUAGUCCGCCCACCAUUAAGGUCCUGGUGCUAGAAGCAAUUACGCCCGUGUCCGCUGAGACCGCAGCAGCCGAACCAGGCGAGGAUCUGAAACAGAUGGCCACCACGUCCGCCGCCGCCACCAUCACCACCGAUGAUCAAGCAGUGCGGGCGGACGACACAGAAAAGGCUGCUGAUAUGGAACCGACGGUUCUGGACGAGCUUUCACCAACCACCGAAGAGUACCAGGAGGGACUGCAGUUUGGCGAUGCCAAGGACGCAGUGGACGACUUUGACAGCAUAGACGUUGGCUACAUACCGCCGGCACCCACCCCGGCGCCAUCCAUGGCGCCCCUGGCCGUACUGGACGUGGACACCGUAGACGACGAGCCGUGCGAGCCGGCAGCUCCUACUCCUGCUCCGCCUAGCAGCAGCAGCAGAGAAAUGGUGCUGGCCUCUGGCUCGGCCUCUGCUUCGGCCACGCCCACAUCCAGCAACGAGGAGGCGCGAAAGCGGCGCAAGAAGCGAAACUCGGAGGGCAAGAAACUUAGCUCGCAGGACGAAAAGGACAGGGAGGCGCGCGAAAAGGCCGGCGGCAGCAGCAUGGAUGCAGCUGACCACAAUGCGGUGUGUCCCUGGGAAGACGAGAACGUCAGCACCAACGACGGCACCUUCGUGAAGACAUAUGCCACACUGGGAUACUUAUGAAUAAAGCCCAAUCUGUUCAAGACGGUGGUCAACAAGUUGCUGAAAAGGAAGCCAUUGAUGAAGUAGGGCCAGGCCUGGGUAGCUAAGUUUAUUAUACGGGAGUAUCUAUUAUAAUACCUACACACAUGCAAACAUAUUAUGUAAAUGUAAGUAUUUGAUUAAUUGAGUGUAUGCAUAUGUAAAUGUUAAAUGCUUCUCAAGUUCUUAAUACCAUUCAAUCAAACGAGGCGCAGUGGUUUAUUUGCUGAAAAUUUCAAUUGAAAUGAUAUGAAAUGAAAUGAUGAUAACGGUCUAUGAAUGCUACAAAAAUACAUACUUUAUCUACAGACGUACAUACUUAUUUACAAAAACCAAGUGGCCAACGUGGCUAACAUGGUCAAAUAGAAUAACAAGAAAAAUCAGAUUAUAACUAAAUGGAUAUUAAUGUGUUUAAAGUCGCGAGUGCCGCCUUCUGAUCACUUGUAAAAACGAUAAUUAAACGGAGCUUAGACUCGGCGCAGCAGACACACUUUAAUGUAUACAAUGUAUAUGAUCUUUCUGCACAUAAGAAACAAUUUUCCAUAGUUAAUUCCAAGCUAUACAUAUUACUCGUAUAGUUCCCCUCAAAGUCAAAAGCAGUAAUCAAGAACGAGAUGAAUAGACACAUAAAUAAUUGUAUUAUAAAGUUAGGAGUGCAGCAGUGGGAACAGUUUUCACAAUGCAUCUGCGAUCAACUAUGUAUUUUUCCCCGGAAAAGCUCUUGUUAUCCCAGCAAAUUUGUGACAUCGAACCCUGCCCUGAGAUGAGCUGGUAAAGGGCAAGCUGGUACCUGGUACCUGGUACUUGGAGUUAUAUCCACAUUGUAUUCGCGGUGCCUUGAGCUAGAUUGGGGACAAUACUAUUUGAAAUUGUGAUGGUGAUCAUCCUUGCCCUCUGCCAACUCAAGAAACUCAAGAUUUAUUCAGCUAGUAGUACAAAGUGGCUUCGAUUCACCAACUAUAAACUAAAAAAAAACGGUUACGGAAGUUACAAGCCCCUCGGAUAAUUAAAUGCACAAGUUGCUGCGCAAGUAGUUGCCACUUGAUAUAUCUCAGUUUGAAGUUUAUUACUAUAGUUUAACGCAAAGCCGUUUCAUUUCACGCGUACAUGCCAGAACUCACGAGCCCCAAAAUUGAUGUGCAGUGCAAAUGAAACACAGUUUGAAAAACGCAAAUAUGUAUUUAGCAAAAAGCGAUUAGCAUAGAGCCAACACGUAGCCCAUCAAAAGUGUAGAUGUAAUCCAGAUUAUGUAUAUUUGCCCAUGCGAAACUGACUUGCGCGAUUAACUUGUGCGUUUUAGAUUAUAUACCUAUGUAUGUCCUAUGACUACCAACUACCAAAUACAAACUACCAACUACCAACUACCAACUACCAACUACCGACUACCGACUACCUAGUAAUUUUCUCUAUUUGACUAGAAAUGUAUUGAGCUGCCCGCCCAAACAAUCGCAGAAAUCGAGCUAUGCCGUAAUUACACUAACCACUUAGAGCCAACAUCGAUGGGAGUGGGAGGCGAGAUGGGCCGCAUCUUUAAGAUCAAAUUGCUGUUCGAUUCGAACGUGUUAACUUAACUUAACUUAAUGUGAAUCUUACAAAUAGACGAGAAGAAGAAGAAUAUAUGGAGAACAGAUAAAACAAAGAAAUUAGAGAAUCAAAUUAAGAUGAAAUCCUGGUUGUUCGCGACUAAUACCUUUAUAUGAAUCGAAAGAUGAUAACUUAUCGAAGAACUAUUACAAUCUAAGUACAUAUAUUUCUAUUUUCAUUGUGCAUAUGAAUUAGCUACUUUACUGUCGAAAAAAAAACCGUUUUGCUGGUAAACAAUCUUUAUAUGGGAUAUCUGAAUAUGUGAAUAUCUGAUUAUCAUCUGAAUUCUCUUUGUGCUUUCUAUGCUAAACAUACAUUUUUGAACUACUUCAAUUAACGAAACGAAAAUCCAAAGCUGUAACACUUGAUAUCCGAGAUCCGUAAGUCCACAAAUUGAUAUCCAAUGUAAAGAGCGUACCAAAAAUCAAAGCAACUGUUGCAUAGAUAUUACGAAACAUUACGAUGGAUACGGGGGGGAAUAAUACAUGCAUCAGUAUAGAGCAUAUUGAACUUAUAGAGCAUAUAGAAAAAUAGGAACGAUGUGCCGAUGUGUAGGGCGUGCGUACAAAAUGUGUACAUGAAACCACCGUUAACUUUGCUUAAUGCGAGCCGAGCAAUUAAAGAGUUAAAUCAUAAAAAAAAGUACAGAAUACAAAAUGCAAAAUGCAAAAUACAAAUGAAAAAUGAAUGUAUGGAAAAUGAAGAAAAAUAAUACCUAAAGCAAGCAGAAUAAAUCAGCAGCAGCAGCAGCAAUAGUUCCGAAAUUGUUGUCGAAAUAUAAAUAGCAGCUUUUAGAACAACACCAAAAAAGAAGUUGUAGUACAUAAAUGCGGAGGAAAAUUGUAUUGUUGUUGUUUUUUAUGUACAUUUACUUUUUUGUAUUACCGUUGUUGUAAGUCAAAUAUGCCAAAAAAAAUGAAUAGUUUACUAAGAGUUUACAACAAAUGAUUCAAAUGCAGGCAAGAUAUGAAUUACUUUAAACGCAAAUCGCAAGAACAAGUUCCGAAUGUUUUUAGUAGUCAAUGGUGAAUAUCUUUUAAUCGCUUACACUAAGUGUUCCCAUGCAUAUUUAUGGGUUCCUUGCCGAAACAGAAAUCUUAAAUAAACACAAAAACUUAUAACACAAGAGCGCGGCUGUCGACUUUACUCUGCCCGGUACUCAAAAUGUUCAAAUCAAAAAAGUGAAUAAGUUUCUGAAUUAUUGAUGCAAAAGAUAACUACUUUCGCUAAUGUAUAAUCGUGUUAUUAGAUCGUAUUUAAUUGCUAUUUGAUUUAAGGGUUAUUUAAGGGUUUCCCCCACCAAUUACAUUCUACAAAAAUCGUCCCAGUUGAUAGAAAAUUGCAAUACAAAUUCAUUCACGAAUACGUAGCAAAUAUAUAUCUUAUUUCAAGUGUAUUUGAGUUCUACAUUUUAUAAUGAUCCAGAAAUGAUUUUUUAGAACUGUGGGCGAUUUUUCGACUGUAGUGUUGGAGUUUCGAAACCAAAAACGUUGCCUGUGCACUUUCGUACCAUUCGUACCAUUAUGUUAUUUGGAUUUUUGAGUAUCGGGUGAGCAUAGAACUAGGAAGCCAUUAGAAUUCCGAUGGAUUGAUUAAGCCGCCACAGCGCCAUUUUGAUAAUAAGAACAAAGAACAAAGAAUUCGAUAACUAAUGUAUGUUUAAUGAAUUACAUAAGUAUGUACUACUUCACGCGACAGGUGGGCGAGAUUGCCCUACAAAUAUUUACUUUAAUUUCUGGAUAAUUAGUGCUCAUAUCACUGAUUAGAGGACAGGAAUGCGCAAAAACAAUAUGCUUAAUACAUAAGAUUCCAGAGCUUUUAGUAACGCCAUGUAAAUUCUGGGUCAUGAAUACAGUUGUGAAGAUUGAAGAUUGUAACCGAGGCGUUUGUUAUUAUGUAUUCAAGUCAUUUACUAUAAGUGUAUACAGCUUAUACUAUUACAAAAAGUGUUAAAAACAUGAAUUAUUUUGAGAAAAACGAAACCAAAAAAAAGAAAAAGAAUAUACAACAAAAUGUUAGUCGGUAAAUGAAAUCAAAUGUAAAACAAUUUAAUGUAGACUGUACUAAAGAAUUCAAGGAAAUUUGAAUAUCAACACUCCAUCACGCAAAUAACUAAAAGGAAAUUCGCAAAUUGAAUAGAAGUUGAUGGGAAAAUUAUUUGCACAGUGCAGAAAAACGUGUUAUAAAAUUAUUAUACUAUACAAAAAAUAUAUAUUAUUGAAUUAUGCUGAUGAAAUUAAAAACCAUAAAAGUAUGUAAAAAAAAA